CAUGUGCGAUGGCAUUGGCGAGCUUACAUGAUGGCGGAGGGAUAAAAGCGGUGGAAAUGUGCAGAGUACCUGGGUAUCUUGACGGCGAGACGGGAGGCCAAAUUUUCGACAAGUAGGGAAGCGCGCUAGUGAGGCGCGUCGUCUCACGUGUGCGAAUCAUGGAAGACACGACGGUCAACUGAUGCCAGUGCGCUCGGGACAGCUUCUGCCGCGCCUCAAAAGCCGAGGAGGAUUGCGGACCGGAGGAGGUGCAUCCAACUUUAGCAUGUCAUGUCGUGAUCGCAGAGCUCCUCUUCCUACGAGGCAGGAGACGGCACUGUUUUCCAUGACUGUGGCGUGUAGAGUCCAAGCAUCAGCGGCCGCCCACCAUAGGUAGGUAGACGGGACGACGGGCGGCGCCGGCCCCCGCCCUACAGAUCUGUUGCUAUGUUUUCCGCUGCCGUCCCCGCAGAAGCCACAGCUUGGACACAAAAUGUGCAGCGGUACACUGCGAGGUAGAGCGUUCGCUGUCGACGCAGACGGCUCGCCAGCUCGGGGGCCCACGCUCAGCCAUGACCAGACGCUCUCGUCGGACGAGGAAGACGAGUACAGCCCCGAGCUCUCCGACCGCGAGGCGGGCAGCAGUGACCUUGCGCACGGGUUCGCUGGCGCGAGUGGCACCGCAGAUGGCACGAGCCUCGAGGGCGACGAGGGUGGAAUGCUGCCGCGCGACAAGCAGCGCAAGAACGCCUUCUACGACUACACGGCCGAGAAGCAAAUGGGUCUCAUCGAGGCGAAGCAGUUCUACCAGCGCCACCAGUGGGAGACGCAGCACGGUGGCUCGCAGGCCGGCGACGGCCACAGCCCAGCUCUGCGCGCGAAGACGUUCCCCGCCACCAUGGGCGCGGCAGACGGCCUGAGCAUUCGCUCGCGCAAGAGCCAGGUGAGCCUCGCCAACCAGGGACACGCGCUCGGUCAGCAGUCGCAGUACCAGCAGCCGCAGUACCAGCAGCCGCAGCACCAGCAGUCGCAGUACCAGCAGUCGCAGCACCAGCAGUCACAGUACCAGCAGUCACAGUACCAGCAGUCACAGGACCAGCAGUCACAGGACCACCACUCACAGGACCCCCACUCACGGGGCCCCCGUUCGCAAAAGGGCAGUCAAGCCGGCGAUUUCCUCGCCCCCUCAAAGCACCCGGCCCUCCCCCGCGAAGACAAGCCCCUGCUCGCAGACGAAGGCAUACACGGCGCAGGCGCAGGCAUAGGAGUCGGCUCAGGCGCAGGAGGCUUCGCCAUGUCAGACUCCAGCGUGACGGCCGAGCUCACAGCCAUCUACACCAAUGUGCAGAAGGUGCUCGACAUCCGCCACAAGUACAUACGACUGUCGCUGCAGCACGACUUUGACAACCCCAGAGAUGACCCCGGCUGGAACAUCUACCCGCCCCACCCAGAGCCCGUGUGGAACGACACGUCGAAAGAACGGCGCAAUGCAUCGAGCAGCAUGCAGAACAGCACAGUCUUCGAGCCAGCCGAGGCGCCGCCAAAACCCCCCCGCAAGAUGGGCACCAACAUUGGCGAGGACUUCUUCAUGGAAGAUCUCCUGCCGCUUCCUGGGCCGUCUGAGAUGGCCUUCCGCAUGGACAGCGGUGGCGUCUUCCAAGUCUACGAGAACGCCAAGUCCGCCGAGCUCGAUACGCCCAUUGUCUCGAUACCCACGUUGCGCGAGUUCUACAUCGACCUGGAUGCCAUCUUGGAGAUCUCCUCGGACGGUCCGAGCAAGAGUUUUGCGUUCCGCAGGCUGUCGUACCUCGAGGGCAGGUUCAACCUCUACUACCUCCUCAACGAGUACCAGGAAAUCGCCGACAGCAAGAAAGUGCCUCACAGAGACUUCUACAACGUGCGCAAAGUCGACACCCACGUUCACCACUCGGCAUGCAUGAACCAGAAGCAUUUGCUGCGCUUCAUCAAGUCGAAGAUGAAGAAGUCGCCCGAUGAAGUGGUCCUCUUCCGUGACGGAAAGCAGCUCACUCUCCGGGAGGUGUUCGAGUCCAUCAACCUGACAGCGUACGAUCUGAGUAUCGACACGCUGGAUAUGCACGCCCACACAGAUUCGUUCCAUCGAUUCGACAAGUUCAACCUGAAGUACAACCCUAUUGGAGAGUCGCGUCUGCGAACCAUUUUCCUAAAGACAGACAACUUUAUCGAGGGUCGGUACCUCGCCGAGAUCACCAAAGAAGUCAUUUCCGAUCUGGAGUCCAGCAAAUACCAGUUUGCCGAGUGGCGCAUCUCCAUCUAUGGUCGCGACAUCAACGAAUGGGACAAGCUCGCAGCGUGGGUUGUUGACAACAAGCUGUUCUCGCCCAACGUCAGAUGGCUGAUCCAAGUCCCCCGCCUCUUCGACGUGUACAAGGCUACUGGACUCAUGCACGACUUCGAAGAGGUGGUCCGUAACCUAUUCCAGCCCCUGUUCGAGGUUACCAAAGAUCCGUCCAGCCACCCGAAGCUCCACAUCUUCCUGCAAAGGGUCAUCGGUUUCGACAGUGUUGACGAUGAAAGCAAGGUCGAGCGCCGAGUUUACAGGAAGUUUCCGAGCCCCAAAGAGUGGAAUACAAAGCAGAACCCGCCCUACAGCUACUGGAUGUACUACCUGUUCUCCAACAUUUCCUCGCUCAAUGUCUGGAGGAAGCAGCGCGGCUUCAACACUUUCCUUCUGCGCCCCCACUGCGGAGAGGCAGGUGACACUGACCACUUGGCUGCUGCUGUUCUGUGUUGUCACAGUAUCAGCCACGGUCUGCUCCUUCGUAAGGUGCCUCUGCUGCAGUACAUCUUCUACCUUGAGCAGAUUGGUGUCGCCAUGUCACCGCUCAGCAACAAUGCUCUCUUCCUAGCAUAUAAGCGCAACCCGUUCUUGAGCUACUUCCGACGUGGCCUCAACGUAUCGCUGUCGACAGACGAUCCCCUGCAGUUUGCCUUUACCAAAGAGCCGCUGAUCGAAGAGUACUCUGUAGCCGCUCAGAUCUACAAGCUGAGCGCCGUCGACAUGUGUGAGCUUGCCAAGCACUCGGUCGAACAGAGCGGAUUCGAGCACAUUGUCAAACAGAAGUGGCUGGGUGCCAACUAUCAUCUUCCCGGUGUCGCAGGCAACGACAUGGCUCGAUCCAAUGUCCCCAGCGUCCGCGAGGCUUUCCGGCACGAGACGCUCAUGCAGGAGCUUGCAAUGAUCGACCGCUACACCCGCGCCGCCAACACGGAAGCCCGCGACCUUACAGCGUCGAACCUCCAGCCAGACCAGCCCAUUCCCCAGACGCUCAGGACGCACCAUGCCACGCACCCCGGCUCGCCCAUGCAGUCGCUGCACCAGCAGCCGUCCGCCACCGAUCCACACGAGCACGACAAGGCCUUCCCGAGACUGCCGCCAUCCUCGUUCCCCGCACAGCAGGCGCGCCUGAACCCAUCGGCUUCCACCACCGACAUGGCCAGCAUGUCCACCCAGCCCGCAUCGCCCACGAUCGCCAACACCGAGCGUCCGCGCCGCACGUCCAGCAUGACCAUCAGCCCGAGUGUGGUCGCGCUCCAGCCGCCGACAGGCCAGCAGUCUGAGCGGGACCUCGACUUGACGCGCACGAGCAGCAGCGUCAAUCUCGACGGCGAACCUAGGAUCUUCCCUGGUGUCGUGAGCAGGAGGCGGCGCAGUAGCUUGCGCAGUAGCAAUGUUGAAGACGGCGAGGAGAGCCAUGGAUUGCAUCGCGUGCCUACGGAGCCUGCGGUGCAGGAGCAGGACACGGAUGAUGAGGAUUUGUAGGUUGAAAUGCUCGUCGAAUCUUCGACGGAUGGGGGGCUGUGAUUGGUGAGGAAUCCGAGGUGUUGACUUUGUGAUGAUGGUUCUCAGUAUCGACUGGUAGCUGUAUGCAUAGUGUUAGGCUAGAGACGAAUCCACACCGACGUUGCUGUACUA